CUUUCUCUGUUGUUUUCUCAGCCUAUCAAGGCUCCUGAAUCUGUAUCCACUAUAAUUACAGCAGAAUCGAUCUUUUAUAAGGGCGUGUACUAUCAAAUUGGAGAUGUUGUUUCAGUGGUUGAUGAGCAGGAUGGAAAAACAUACUAUGCUCAGAUCCGUGGGUUUAUUCAGGACCAAUACUGUGAAAAGAGCGCUGCACUAACCUGGCUCAUUCCAACGCAAGCCAGCCCCAAAGAUUGCUUUGAUGCUGCAUCCUAUAUCAUAGGACCAGAAGAAGAUCUCCCGAGGAAAAUGGAAUAUUUAGAAUUUGUCUGUCAUGCUCCUUCAGAAUAUUUCAAAUCCCGAUCAUCUCCCUUCCCUACUGUUCCUACAAGACCAGAGAAAGGCUAUAUAUGGACUCAUGUGGGACCUACUCCAGCAAUCUCCAUUAAAGAAACUGUUACCAACAAUUUAUAAUUUUUUUUAAAAGGAAUACUCUGGACCAGUUAUUUUGGGUGUAUUCUCAGGUCUGUGAACCCCGUACAGGAAGUUUAAAAAAAAUUGUAAAACAUUCGUGGAUUGUGGUACUUAUUUAUUUUAGGUUAUAUCUGAUUUUUAAAAUGGAAAUUCUCUUUCUCUUUGAUGCUUCUUUUCCAUGCUCCAUUCUUCAGUCAUUAUUGCUCAGUUUGGGGGGAAAAAAGCUACAAAUUUAAUUUCAUCUUCCAGUUCAAUGAGCAAGUGAAUGACUUGAAGUUGCCUUUAGUGUUGUUAUUUUCUAACUUAUUUCUAGGAAAUGAGUUACAAUCCCUACUUCGGAUCAUCCAGCACUUUAUAUACUUGUUUAAUGUAGUUAACUGUGACUGAAAUUUGUGUUUGUUUCCUAAAAAUAACCUAAGACUAGUUUUGAAUAAACACUUGGAGGGUCUAAACUUGAUCAGUGAUGCAGUUAACAGUUUUCUGUUGCACUGGAGAUAAGUGAUCUCCUUUGAUUUUUGUUCUUUAAACUAGAACCUUUUCUCCUGGCAGUAUGUACAAUAUGGCUGUAGUCCGUUUACCUGUCAUCUUUUAAAGGAAGUUUGUUCAGCUGAAUCUAAAAAAAUGUGGACCUAUGUAGCUUUCUGCUCUGCACUUUGUUUACAUACGGGGAUAAAUUUCUUGUUAAGCUGAACACAGAUUAAGGAACUAAUGUUAUUUGGCUUCCCUAUCCUGGCCUCCUUGCAGCAGUAAUUUAUCUUAUUUCCAGAGCAAGCCAACGCUGACACAUGAUUUGAAUUUGAUGUUGUUACUAGUUGUGUGUUAGCUUACCCCCUUAAAUUUGAGUUCAAAUACUUUUUUCAGUCUUUGCAGUUAAUGAGGGUAAAAAACAGAAUCAGCAGAGGUUCCAUAUUUAAAAAAAAACCCAAACAGUUGCUAAGGAAAGAGAGAGACUAAUCUUACACUUUGAUAGUCUCAGUAUACGAAUGAACAUAUUUAAAUAGCAGAACUGGAAAAAUACCAGAGUUUAUAUAAAGAUAUUCAAAUGAAUAGAAACUGGAUAGUUCAUAUUAAAGUUCUAUGCAGUAAACAUUUUACAAGCCAAAUAGGUCAAAACACUGUGAGGGGUGCUCAGAUCACCCAAACUCCCUGUAUUUAGUGUUUCCUGCUCCCUAUGUAGCGUAAGAGAUGUACGUGGAAUACUGAUCCUCUUAAACAUGCUCUUACAUUUAACUUUAUAGCUCUUUUCAGCUUUUUUUGACUUAUGUGACCGUAGCACCCAGAAACCACAAAUCGACUUUAGUACAUUGUGUGAAAGUCUGUAACAGUUGCAGUAGAGUUAUAUUUUAGCAUCACGGAAAACUUUGACUUACUUUGAAAUACAUUUUGAAAGUGUCUCAAUUGUUGAUGAUGUUUAAUACGGUGAGACCUGUGACAGCAAGAACCAGGCCUAUUUGUUUCAGUUUGUUGCCUCAGUUCUCCCCUCUUCAAAUACAAUGAAGAAUAGUCAACUUUAAGGGAAUAAAUGCUGAAUUUAAGAGAUUCUGGCAAUAGCUCAGAAUGUCUCCGGUUGCUUUAGAGGGUUCUAGUUCAAAUGGCCAUAACAACUAUCGAAUGGCAUGAGGAGUUUUCAGAAAAGUAGGGGUCAUACCACAUCCCUACUACCUUUAAAAUAUAAGAAAGCGAUCAGUAUGUAGCACCGGGCUAGCAUGACUGCUAAUACAGAGUUAAAUCUCAAAUAGCUCUAGUUACUGCAUGCGUUUCAGAUGCGUAUGUUCAGUGUGUUGCAGUAAUGGUGACCGGUGAAAGUGACUUCACUCCUGGCCUUCUGACCGAGCGCUCCUUUCUCCCACUUCCUCCGACUUCUUAAUUAAAUUAACAAGCUGAUUGUUUAGCUGAUUCUUCUUAAUUAAAUUAACAAGCAUCAGAAGGUAAAAAUAAUGACUCUUGAAAGUUAUUUACAGUAACCACAGUGACCCCCUCAAAUGUUAUAUCUCCUCUCCUUUUUCUGCAGUCUGCAAGCUUUUCACAUCGGGUUCCCUCAAUAUUCCUCAUCUUUAGUAACUCUGAGUUGCGUUUUUGGUAAUAAUGUGACAUCCUUCAUUCAUGAGACUGACCCUAAGCCUUGUGAUGACACCAUCUCAUCAGCGAGGUAACAUAUUUUAUAGAUUAGCACAGUAUAUUAUGCCACACUCAACAACCUCCCCCCACCUUUAAUACCUAUUUCUACAAUUCCCUAAGACAAUUUUUUGUCUAUAAGAAGACUGUUAUACAAAAAUGCAUCCUGUAAUCUGAGCUGACGUGUACCUUCCUUUAGUGGAUGAUCAAGGAAAAGAGUGUAAGGGUAUUGCAUCAACUAACAGCAAAGUAAAGAAGAAGAGCAUAGCAAUGUGUAUGUAAAGUGACCAUGCUGUCUGAGUGUAAUUCAUGGAGGCUUGAUCCUUUGUGGGUUGCCUUUCAAGCUCAGCUACUAUCUUCAUCAAAUCCUUGAAGGAAGAAGAGGGAGAAAAAUGCUUUUAUUAUUCAUUCAUAUUCAUGUAUAUUAUAUUCAUUUUUGCUUUUUUGGGUUUUUACAAUUUGUACAAAAUUUAAAGUCCUUGCAUGCUGUUUGCCCUUAUUUGGAGAUAAAUAAUAGGGACAAUUCAGAGAAAUGCAAAUGAAUGAUUUGCAGUUUGGA